UUUUUUUGUGUGCGCGUGACCUUGUAAGAGAACAUUGGGUACAAAGGCGCCCCAUAAACUUCACGAACUCGGCCAACCACAUUCCCCGCGGCUUCAGACGUGACUUUAAAACCCAAUUUGCUGGCCAAUUUGCUUUGUUCUGUGAGUAUCUUGCACACUUUGUCUGUCGAUCGUUACGGGAGUUCCCGAGCUACACCUGGAGACCGGGGUUGUUCGACUAUAAACAGGUAAAUGAGUCAGUUGGGGUGUCAGAUGGUCUCUGGGGAUUUGUCUGGCGCUUUAUACUAAGCUGAAGGAUGUGGGGCAGGGGCGGAAUGGCAACACAACGAGGUUCACAGUACACAGAAGGUGCCUGUUAUCUGCCAGCUGCUUGAUAGUUACAACUCAAUAUUUUACUAUUUGUUUAACAAUUUUGUGGAGAAGCUUGCAUGAACUUCGUGCUCAUGGUCACAAGAGUGGUCACGUGUCCUAUUCAAAAUGCGAAUGGGCGUGGCCAUAUACAGAUCAACAGUUGCCGUGGGCAGCAGUGUUUUGCACGCACAUUAUUAACUUGUGAUUCAGUGUUAAUAUGGCUUGGAGGUAAUUAUGGACACUUGGAUAUAAGGCAAACAUUUACUGGGCUUUACUGUCUGUUGAAUAAGCUGAGUAAGUCAAAGUCUAAGCGUUUGAUUUUUUGGUUCGGUCCGUUUGAGGGCCUUUUGGACCACCAGUGGUUUCUUCUCAGCCGGCUAUGGAGGCAUAAGGGUAGAUUCAGGGAGGGGGGGGUCAACCUGCUCAAUAAUAUCACAGAUAAUGCCCGUUUACAAAAAGAUUAUGGCCUGUGCUUUCCUUUCUGUCUGAUCCUCGUAUCCCCAUUUUGACCCCAUGUGGUCUGUUGGGUUUGGCCUUCUCUAGUUUGAGUUUCUCCAAAUAAAGCCCCCUUUGUUCUUCCCCACACUCGCUUUCACCCUCGUGUGCAGGUUUCUGCUGCGACUCCCUAAUUAGGUCACUAAUUAGAGGACUGAUUGUCUUAAGAGUCCUCACACCUGGGUUUGAACAGCUGACCAAAAGCUUAUCCCAGACACCUGCAUACACACUGGCCCUUUCUGGAUAAGAUUGCCCACCUUGUAAUUGAUCUUCUUUAGAACUCUUGUGUGGACCCAUAUAGAUCCACAGGCAUGCUGAGUAGUGGUUCUGUUGCAUCUGCCCUGUCAUUAUAUAUGGUAGCUAUAAACAUAAUGAAGUAUUUUUUGAGAUAGUAAACAAGAUCUCUGAUUUCAUUGGAUGUAUUGGACUCCAGCAAAAUAUGAAUAGAAUUUCUAGACAUGAUCUGCUGGAAUUGUAUAGUUUCUUGAAGGUCCUCAUGCUCUUCAGACACUACCGCACAAAGCAGGUGAGGAACUACAAUCCCCUCUUCAUCAACGGGACCCCAGUGGAGAGAGUGGACAGUUUCCGGUACCUGGGCAUCCAUUUCACACCCUAACAAUGGACUCUUCUCCCUGAUGAGGUCAGGGAAGCCAUUUCAUUCCCUAAAGGUCAACACAGAGAGAAUGAGGAGAAGCUUCUUCCCUCAAGCUAUUCAGUGCGCAAACCAGGACAAUACCCAGGAUGCGAGAGAGUGACCGUGAUGGAGUGACAUCAUCAACCCUUCGAUCUUUUCCCCCCAAUGCAUAACACUUUUGGCUAUAUUAUAUUGUACGCUCCAUACAUCUAUGCUAUCUCAUAGUUCUGUAAACUCAAUUUUCAAUAUUAUUCUAUUGUGCAAAAUAUCUACAAAAUAUAGCACAUAUUUCUUUUUAUAUCCCUGUAUAUAGUAUAGAUAGUACUAUAUCUAAUCUCUUUCUAUCUUUUUUUAUAUUGUUUUAAAUUGUUUUUUACCCGUUUUUUCCUCGGAGCAUUGCAACAAGCAUUUCACUGCAGGUUGUAGUAUGUAUGAUCAUACAUGCGACAAAUAAAAAUUUGAAUUUGAAUUUCCAUGUUGUCAUGAAAGUAAGCCGCCACUGCUGUCCAUGCCUCUGAGCUCGUUCCCCACAGAAUCACGGCGUCUUCGGAGUCCUCUUGCACGGGUUCUUCUUCGAAAAACACCGCCACAGGUGCGAUCCCACAGGAACCUGGCCCAGAACCAUUCAGGUGGAUCCUCCCUUUCAUAAAAGAAGUUGCGCCUUCUCCGACUUCCCACUCGCGAGACCGUGGAGAAAGUCACUCGAUCUAUAGUCCCGGACAGAGGAGUGAGCUAUGAAUGGACAACUUGUUGUCAAUGACACCUACAAUGUUCUCGUCAACGCUACACUGCCCCCCGCCAACAGCACGAUGAACGGCAUAGGCAACACGACGGCGAAGCCCAUCAGCGUCUUUGAUGGCUGCGAAGAGAUGUUCGCCGCAAUUCUGUUUGACCUGUGCGUGCAGGUCUUCAACGUCUUUCUGGGCUUGCCUGCCAACAUCCUAGUCAUGGUGACCAUCUACAGGAACCGACGGGAGCCCUCUACCUCGGACAUGUUCAUCUUCCCCCUGGCUUUCAUGGAUGCCUACUUUGGUGUCAUGGUGCCCAUCUCCUUCCUGAACUUAUACUACUGGCAAAGUGUACAAGGCUGGAGGGCCAUCAAGUUCGCCUACGGGAUCAAAGACACCAGUGGCCCCCUCCUCCUCUCCUGCAUCUGCAUGGACCGCUUUCUGGCUGUGCUCUUCCCCAUCACCUUUAGCCGCCUGAAAUCCCAUAAAUACCGAUUGUCCUGCUCUGGGCUGGUCUUGCUGCUCACCUUCACCUAUGCCACCGCCAAGACCACGGACAGGGUUCCCCACUUUGAGAGAAUCUUCACAGGAGAGAUCCUGACCGUAUUCACCCUCAUGGUGCUGUGCAACCUCUCCAUCCUCUGGGCACUACAACGCUCAAGGGCGGGCCGUGACGAGAUGCACCCGAUGAAGAAGAAAGCCUUCAAGAUGGUGCUCUCCAUCCUGGCCAUAAUCAUCUUCAACUACCUGCCUCCCGUGGCCCUGUUUCCCUUCCAGGAUAGCUACAACCCCGACGUUUUCCGCUGCUAUGUGCAGCCGGUCGGCUUCGCAUUCGUUAACAUCAGCAGCAGCAUGCAACCUCUCAUCUACCUGUCCCGCCUGGAGAAGCUGCCCUGCAUCAGCGACGCCUGCAGACAGAGCUGCGCCCCAAAAAAGAAAGGCGAGGCUCCGCCCACAUAGACGCACCUCCACAAAAUUACUACAAGUUUUGCCGAAAUGGAUGCUGCCCUCCCAUCAUAGGAUGGGGGUCAACUUCAAAACUCCAGUUCAGAUCUUCUCCCAGAUCUCAUGAAUUGUCUCUAUAAAAAACAAACAUAACAUAAAGCAUAAUUACUACAAGGCUAUAUUCAUGCUGGACUCUUCUCCGAUAUGUUCUGACAAUUUCCUGAUUAUUGCUAUUAUUUUAAUGCUUUUGAUAUUUUUAAACCACGUCGAAGGACAGUUAUUUUGCCCUAUGUUUGGCAAAUACUGAAUUUAUAAUGUUGAAAUGAUUGUUUGUAUAUGUCACAGGCAAUGAAAUAGUAAUUGCACAAAUUAAACCAAGGAAAUAGGUUUUAAUAUUAACUUUUUAAGAGUCCAGCUGUAAUUCCCCCCCCCCACACACACACAGAUGUUUGCUCUUGAUGCAACCAAAAUUGACCCGACUGCCAAAUGUGCCGUAUCUGCUGUGGAUUCGGGAAAUCUGAAGUGAAUAAAAUCGAUUUUCCUGUUACAUCUAUCUUAACUGAAUAAGCAUGCAUUAGUGCCAGCCUUUGUUUGUCUUUUAUCAUUUUUCAUACUUAGGCACAAUAAAAAUGUACUUUUUCGUGUGUA